UGUUGUUUUUCAGUUCCAUCUACCAACAUGCCUACCGCCACCCACAAGAACCGUAAGAAGCGUGGUCACGUGUCGGCCGGUCACGGUCGUAUCGGCAAGCACCGCAAGCAUCCGGGUGGUCGCGGUAACGCCGGUGGUCAACAUCACCACCGCAUCCUCUUCGACAAGUUCCAUCCAGGUUACUUCGGUAAGGUUGGUAUGCGCCAAUUCCACUUGCUCCGCAACAGAUACCACUGCCCCACCGUAAACGUGGAAAAGCUGUGGUCGUUGGUGUCGGCGCAAGUCAAGGAGACCGCCGAAAAGGCCAAGGACGGCAAGGCCCCCAUCAUUGAUGUGACCAAGGCUGGCUACUUCAAGGUCCUCGGAAAGGGUCGUCUCCCUGCCGUCCCCGUGAUCGUCAAGGCCAAGUACUUCUCCCAAGAAGCUGAAAACAAGAUUAAGGCUGUUGGUGGUGCGUGCUUGUUGACCGCUUAAACAACCUCGCGUUGAGUGAGCAUUCAACCCUGCUGCGGCCGGCGCUUCGACCCUGCGGACGUCCUUACGGAGAUGGUAGACAACGUAAUGAACCAACUGAAAAAUGGA